GAAAAUCUCUUCCACACUCACAGUCUGUGCUUGGCAUUGCAUGUUAUAAUUGUUUAGCUUUAAGAAUGCAUACAGACUUAUCCGCACAUCUCCAUACAGAAGAGUGUAACAAGUUUAUUUAUGCUUAUAAGAAAUGCAUGGAAAAUAAUUUUUUCUCAAAGUUCUUCGGCCAUUGUGACAGACAUGAACAUUGGAUGUCAAAGUGUCUUAAGAAAGAGAGACUGGCAAGAAGAAAAGCAAAUGCAGAUAGAGCAAAAGCAAAGAGUGUACAAAGACAGUCAAAUAUUGUCAGUAUUUUUGAUGAUGAAAGAUGGAAGUUUUUGGAUUCAGAUGAUUGAAGUCAUUGUUGUAUGAAGGAAUUGAUGUAUAAUGUUGAAUGACAGUAUGGCCUGAUGGCAUGAAAGAUAUCAUCAAUUCUAUAAACAUUUUGGAGGAAAAUUUCGAAAAUUGUUUUCUUGUGAAAUAUUAUCCAAAUAUACAUUUCUAGUCUUUCAUCAUACAUCUCAUAAGAACUGAUAUCCAUUCAGGGUAUUAGGGAUUGACAGUAUAACGUUGAUUUAACUGAUAAAUUAUUAGCACAUUUGUCCUGUGAAAAACAUGUUCAUUGUCCACCAGUUAUUUUACAAAAAUGUUUUAUCUAUACACUUGUCCAUACAUCCACACUAAAGUCCAUCAUGAAUUUAUUGUAAAAAACUAAAUGAUUGAAAUGGAUUGUAUACACAUAAAUGUACCUUUCGUAAGUUAAUUUAGUGAGAGAGUGUGGCUACAAAAAGUUGGUCUUUUCCUCAAUCAUCAUAAUUGGGUAGUCUUUUAGGAUAUAUGAACUUAAUUUAAGAUUUCUUUUGCAGCUCUUAUUCAAUGUUCUUUUUAUUUGCCAUAUCAUGAGUCUGAGGAUGAAAAAUGUGUUGUUUAGUUGUGAUACAUUGUGUAAAUCAUUUUAUUGUAAAUAUACAUGGUUUUAUUUGAAUUUAUAAAAAAAUGCUUUUUA